CUUUGUGGGGCAUGGCAGCCCUCAAAUUCAAUGACGAGGCUGGCAAACGAUGCAAGCCGCAAUCCGUCGUUCACUGUGGCCGGUGUCUUGUUUGUGGCCUUUACUGACUUGCUGCAGUCACUUCCCGCUUCGUUCAGUUCCACUCGUUGCCAUCAUGCACCCCGUCGUUUGACCCGAUCCACUGCCAAAGGCUUGCCAUUGAGCCUUGGCAUUGUGUGCUAUUCCUGACACUUGACAACAGGGUUUCUCGUCCAAGACUGGGAGCGUUGCACCUUCGCGCGUUGCCAUGGGUGCACUCUUUAGCAAGAGCCUGUCAGUCGAAGCGCUAUUCGAUGGGCCCUACUACCAGGGACACAUGUUUGAGGGUUUGACCGACGAGCAGAAGCAAGCCAUCGUAGCAGACCUGAGCGAUAUGGACGCGAAGCUCCCAGGUGGUGGGUUGGCGGGGUAUCUCCAAAGGGCGCGAGGACUUUUAGCAGAUGCCAAAGCUGGCAAGAAUCCCUUUGAAGGGCUGACGCCAGAGGUUCCCAUGGGCGAACGCCUCACUGGAGAAACUGGACCAGGCUCUAAGACAUACGCAGAUUUUGAGAAGAAAGGCAUGGAGCAGCUCAGCAAGACUUGCUUUUGCCUUGUUGCAGGAGGCUUGGGGGAGCGCCUGGGUUAUCCAGGAAUCAAGAUUGGCAUCACGGCCGAGUUGACCUCCGGGAUGACCUUCAUGGAGCUCUACGCCAAGUAUAUCCUAGCUUUUCAAAGCUAUGCUCGUCAGGCCUCUGGAAACUCAUCCUUGGAGCUGCCUUUGGCCAUCAUGACCUCAGGUGAUACUAACGCCAAGACCCUGGAGCUAUUGGAGGCAAACUCCUAUUUUGGUUUGAGCAAAAGUCAAGUGACUAUCAUGAAGCAGGAGCUUGUCCCUGCUUUGAUGGAUAUAGAUGCUCGCAUUGCUGUUAAAGAUGGUCAGGUGGAGAAAAAGCCCCAUGGCCAUGGAGACGUGCAUGCUUUGCUUCACCAGCAUGGGCUCCCAAGAAAGUGGGCCAGCGAGGGCAGAGAGUGGCUUUUGCUUUUCCAAGACACCAACCCAUUGCCCUUCCGAAGCUUGUGCGCAAUUCUUGGGGUGUCAGCAGCGCGCAACUUUGUCAUGAAUUCUGUGACUGUACCACGUUUGCCUGCCGAAGCAGUCGGCGGAAUUUGCAAGCUCAAGGACGCCUCUGGCGAAGGCAUGACCAUCAAUGUGGAGUACAACCAGCUGGAUCCCUUGUUGAAGACCACUCCUGCCGGAGGUGAUGUAGCAGAUGCCAGCGGAUUUUCUCCAUAUCCCGGAAAUAUCAAUGUGUUGGUCUUCCGCGUGCCCGACAUGGCAGAGCGGCUGGAAUCCACAGGUGGUAUCGUCCCAGAGUUCGUCAAUCCCAAGUGGGCAGAUGCGGAGAAGAGCAAAUUCAAGUCUCCCACCCGUUUGGAGUGCAUGAUGCAAGACUUCCCUAGGCUUUGCAAGAAGGAAGACCAAGUGGGGUUUACCCAAUUGGAGAGACUCAUGAGCUUCACUUGUGUCAAGAACAACUUGGCCGAUGCGGCCAAGAAAAACCCUCCAGACUGCGCACUUUCAGCAGAGGCGGACAUUUAUGCCUGCAACGCUCGUUUGCUUGAGCUUGCGGGUGAAGGAAAGGUCAAAAUCGCCCAGCCCAAGGAUGUCAGCUUCUUAGGCAUCACAGCAAGCAUUGGAGCUCGCAUCAUUCUGGCACCAAGUUUUGGAAUAUCUUUGGAAGAUAUGAAGACAAAGAUCAAAGGUAAGGUCAGCAUCUCCCAAAAGUCAGAGCUUCUCAUUGAUGGCAACGUGACAUUGAAUGACCUGGACCUGGAUGGAGCCCUGAGGCUUUUGGCCGAUGGUGAGCUAGGAAGCAAGGUGGUGAAGAAUUCAGGCUCGCAGCUGGCAGCUAUUCCAGACCAGGAGCUCAAAUCACAAGAACCCUCUCUCCAGAUUCGAGGCUACCGUCGUGUGGCUGCUGAGGUGGAGGAGAUCAAGAAGCUUUGAGAUGCGCUCAGCCUGCUCAGCAGUUGGAGCCAGUGAGAGGAGGUUUGCUCGAUUUGCUAAAACAAGUAUUUACACAGGCUUUGCAUCCCAUCUGAAUGUUGUCGCUCUUGAAUUCUGGGCCUUGUGCAUUGUCAUUGAUGUUCAAAAAGGAAACAACUAACCCGCGAAAAACCUCAUCAAGAUACUCAAAUCUUCAGUACAAAGAUCAACCAAAUUGAUGCAUCCAAAUGCUAGUUGGAAUAUAGUCUGAGUUGGUUCCAAUUGCUGGUUGCACACUAUUGCACACUGCUUGGGCACCGAACACUGAAAAAAAUGGCAGCCGCAACGACAAAGCGUGGGCCGUUCUAUGCCUGGACUUUCAAUUUUGGCGGCGCCAGGCCUUUUUUGACACUCUUUCUGAUUCUAUAUACCUGUACAGAAUAUAGUUGCACACAGAAAAGACUCACAGAGAUGCAAAUUUUAAGUGCGUGAGAAAGGUGAUUCGGGAAGCUGCAGCCGAAACAUAUCAAUUGGAGCAGACUUUUGGGGAAUUUUGAACAACAUGCAGCAGCUAUACUUCGAAAGAACGCAUUUAGUCAAGUACUUACUGUCCUCUAGAUGACUCCAAGGUUGUGCUGUGUCGACCUUUUGAAUUCACGUUGACAUGCUGCGCCGUUUGGUGCUGCCUUGUUGGUGGUGGAUGCCCAUAGGCCUCCUGAGUGCUCCUGAACAUCCGAACCUUCGCCAUUGUGGUACCAUGUGUUGGGAAGCGGCCAAUGCUUAGGCAAACCAAGUAGAAUUGGAGAAUAUUGGCGAUUUCCGAUGUUGGUUCUUGCCCCUGUUGGUUCUUGCCGCCGCCGUAUUGUACAAGCCUUCAGAGGGCUAAUUAGAGAGCCUCCGUUUUCCUCUUAUAUAAGUGUUUGUAAUCUACACUUGCGACUUGUUUCAACAUGUUUCAACUAUAAGCUAUACUGAUCGCGAUUGUAGCCAGGCACCAGGUCCC